UUCUGAUACCACUGAUAACAAUUUUCUAUAGAUGAAUAUUUUUUGCUGACAUUCCCGUAUGGUGGCGUUUGGAUACACGACAUUGAACUCAGUGGAUUUGUUGCGAGGAAGUGUUUACAGUGAAGUGUUGUGAUAGUUAAAAUGACUGUAAAGAAGUGUUGUUGACUGUACGUCAGUGUAAAACUGAAAUUAAAUUGAAAAAUAAUGACGCUGCUGUCGGGAGUAAUCAGAAUAGCUUCAGAAAGCAGUUAUAUCAAUUCCAAUGCGUAAACGAAAAUGUUAACGCAUGAGGCCAAAAGGAAGGCAGAGUCAUCUCGUAAAUGAUCGCGCAUUGGUUGUCACGCGUCACCGGCACCGGCAGCGAUGCAAGAGAUAUGCAACACCGCGCUGCCGCUGGACAGUAACCCGCUCGUGCGCAAGAUAAAAUGCGAAGAGUUCCCCGCCAUCAGAGGGAAGCAGCCCGGCAGAGGCAUGGGGGUCCGCGAUGAGAUGGAGGAGGAGUUCGCCGUGAAGAGCAGGAGUACGCCGCCCAUGGGGCCCGCACCCGACCGCAUGGAGCACGGCGGCAACGGCUUCUGGCUGGCCGCCGUCACCGCCGCCGGCGCGCCGCACCCCAUGCUCGAGACCUGCACCGAGACCGGCUUCAUCAACAGCCAGCCGUCCAUGGCCGAGUUCAUGACGGCGCUGCCGCAGCUCGGCGGCGGUGAGCUGAGCCCGCAGCACACGCCGCCCGGCUACGCGCCCGAUCUGCCCUCGCCGGGCGGCGGCCUCAACGUCCCCGAAUACCCUUGGAUGAAGGAGAAAAAAACCACGAGAAAAAACAGUCAACAAGAAAAUGGACUACCACGAAGACUGCGGACAGCCUACACGAACACGCAACUUCUGGAGUUGGAGAAGGAGUUCCACUUCAACAAGUACUUGUGUCGCCCGAGACGAAUAGAGAUCGCCGCCUCCUUAGACCUCACCGAGAGACAGGUGAAGGUUUGGUUCCAAAACCGACGCAUGAAACACAAGAGACAAACGCUAACUAAAAGCGAAGAUGGCGACGACAAAGACUCGACCACAUCCGAAGGUGGCAAGAGCUCCAAAAUGGGACUGGAUAAAUUCCUGGAUGACGACGGGCCCCUGUCCGGCAAGAAGAGCUGCCAGGGGUGCGAACUGCCGCCCGGAGCCCUAUGCUCGCCUACAGAGGAACUGCCGGAGCUGGCCUCCCGCACACGCAACAACAACACGCCCAGCGCUACCAAUAACAACAGUUUUGCGAGUGACGGGGCUUCCAGCGUCGCUUCCUCCUCAUCGCUCGAUAAGCUAGCGGAGGACGACUCACGUGACGCUCAUCCCCCGGGAGCAUCAGUCGUUGCUCCUCCCCGAAGUCUAGCCAAGAGAAUUAAACAAGAAUCAAGGAAACGCUCGCCGUCUCUAGACGCCACGGCUUGUAAAAUUUCUCCGUCGUCUUCAAAGGACGGACUCGGCUCCAUCGGUCUACCGGAUGGCGCAAAAUACUCGUCAGUCAGCCUCACGCCUUCCUCCACCCCUGGCACGCCGUCUAGCCUGCACCAGAGUCCUCUCGGCCACUACCCGAGACCGUCGCCCCCGAACGCGCCCCCCGGACCGCCUCAUCCGCAAGCAGUACCCAACGCGAUGCCAUCAUACGUUAUAAGGGGUAACGCUCCCCCGGGACAAUUUGUGCCUCAUCCCGACUUCCGCAUGGAUUCAAAACAAUUUGUAGGGAAAAUAGGUCAGUAUUCUCAGAGUAAUAGAAACUACGAUAAUUACGGAGCAGCUGUGCAUGCCGAGCAGCACGCGUACGCACGGAACCAGCAGCACGCUAGACAGGAGACUUCCGCAUCAGGAAGACCCGCUAACGGUAUCGCAUCCCGACAAGCGUACCCUCACGAAAUGUAUCAAAACUAUGGAUACCCGGCGGCGUACGGAAAGGAUCAAGUCGGUUACGGACACCCGGGAUACGACCAGGCCCAAGGCUACCCGGCUGAGGCCAUGGCUUACGCUAACAGCCAUUACGGGUACCAUUACCACGAGGGCUCACAGCACGAGCACGCGCACGGUUAUUAUGGAAGCGAGGCACAGAAGAAUUCACAUGGAAACGACUACGCUAAAGGUGCCUACUACGAGGCAAGCGGUGUGUAUGCUGGGCAACAGCCAUCAGCAGCUGGCGGGGCCGGGGCGCAGUAUACCGCGGGCGCGAGCGGGGCGAGCGGCGAGGGGUACGCGGGUGAGUGCGGAGAGGGCUACGGCUCCUUCCAGCAGUUCUACGAAGCGACGCACGCGGCGCCCGCCGGCGCCGGAGACAACUCCAACUCAUCCUCGGACUUCCAUUUCCUGAGUAACCUCGCCAACGACUUUGCCCCAGAGUACUACACUAUAUGAGACAAGGACUUCGCCGAGCAGGCGAGUGAUCUGUUCGUGUAACCACACGUAGUGCCCUAUGGCUAUGGGGCAGCGACCGGGCGCCAAUCGUUUCCUCUUAUUCAUACGCCUCAAGUAUGUACACACGAGGUAAUUACAGUAAUCGCCCCCGCUCUCGCUGCGUGACCUAUAGCGAACGGCAAUUAUUAUAAUGUACAAUAAAAGGCUUAUAAUUAAGGGAUAUGGUGUCUACAUAUACAUACACCGACGUGUAGAUUCGCCUAAGGCAGUGGUUAAUAUUUAAGGCUUAAGGUAACGUUAAUGUAAUAAAGUGUACAUACCUAGUGAACUACUUAUUUAGGAGUUUCAAUACCUUGUAAUACAUAUUUUUAACGUAUAAUAUUGCGUAAGUUAGGUGCUGAUAUCAGUCGAUAUUUGGGAUAAAAAAUAAUCUUGGUAGAUAAUUGAUCACCGCAUACAAAACAUAGUUAAGUGUUAAGCUGAAGUUAACUUUGUACGCUAAAGCGCGCUACACAUUUGCUUGAGAACUGAGCAAACCACCAGUGGCUAUGUAACUUGUAGCGAUGGUACCCUUGUGAAUGCUGCGGUGUGAAUCCACUACACUACAUCUUUAUUUCGAAUUGUGAUGCAGUGUAUUACAUUCACGUGGUACCUAAUACUAUGUAGUUCAAUUUGAAUUUUCUGCAUAAUAUGAUGCCGAUGCCGUCUUCAGUUUAAGUUAUAAAAGCUUAAAACAGCUUAAACUCAAAACCUUAGGCUUAAGACUAUAGUCUUCGACACAUUGGUGAUCACCUAUGAAUGGUGAGGGACGGCAGCUCAGCGUGACAAGUGAUCUGUAUCUAGACAUAAAUACCUACAUAUGAUCAUUAUUACAAGACUCCAUGUGAAGUGCGAAGUUUCCAAAAAUGUGUAGCGCGCGCAAUUAACGAUAUUUAUAAUAUAUAGGUACAUUCUUAAAUUAUUUGUGAUGUAUAAAUACGCUAGGACUUACGUUUUCGAGAAAAACCUACAUUUAAACGUGCCAGAUCAUUUCCCGGUAGCCUUUCAGCAUUAGAUAUCUGAAGCUUUCCUACUAUUAUACAGUAAACAGCCAUAAAGAAUGCACAUCGGUUUUUCGUCUUCGUAGAGCGUUGUCUCUUUCUUGCUAAUGGGACGUUAAUUGUCUCUUUCCAAAGACCAAUGUGCGUUCUUUAUGGCCGAUUACUGUACAAUGCAUUGCUCACAAAUGAAAUUGAUAUCAAUGUACAGUUCACAUUACGGUAUAAUUACUAUCUCGUAUCUAACACAACACGUGUUCAUGGUAAGAAACAGUUAUUUAAAUUAAAAUUUGAUUUUACAUUACUAUUAUUAGAAAAUUGUUUACAAUUCUAAGGAAUAGUCGUUGCCUUAUUUAGGUAAUAUUGUUUUGUGGGUAUAAGACAUUGUAGAUACGUAUAAGAUAGUUUACAGUAAGUCAUUAUAUUGUAGAUAUCAGCGCUAUCAUUUUGGCCUAUUAAAAAAAUAAAUCAUUUGGUGUCACAAUGUU